AACAAUUCAAUUAAAACAUCAAAAUACAACUUCUUCACUUUCCUGCCUCUCAACCUGUUUGAACAGUUUCAGCGAAUAGCCAAUGCUUACUUUCUUUUCUUGCUGAUUUUGCAGUUGAUUCCUCAGAUUUCCUCGCUGGCCUGGUUUACGACGGUGGUGCCCCUAGUGCUGGUGCUGGCUGUAUCGGGAGUCAAGGAUGCCAUCGAUGAUUUUAAUCGACACAAAAGCGACAAACACGUCAACAACCGCCCAGUCCAGGUCCUGAUCAAUGGCAUGUUAAAGGAUGAAAAAUGGAUGAAUGUCCAAGUGGGGGAUAUAAUAAAACUAGAAAACAACAACUUUGUGACGGCCGAUCUACUGUUACUGUCGAGCAGUGAGCCAUACAGCCUGACAUACAUUGAGACAGCUGAACUGGACGGUGAAACAAACCUGAAGGUGAAGCAGGCAUUGACAGUCACUGCAGAGCUUGGAGAAGAUCUUCAGAAACUGACAGAAUUCAAUGGUGAAGUCAAAUGUGAGGCACCAAAUAACAAACUGGAUAAGUUCACAGGGACUCUUACUCUUCGAGGAGAGAAGUAUGCCCUGGACAAUGAGAAGAUGUUGCUGAGGGGCUGUACUAUUAGGAACACAGAAUGGUGCUUUGGUCUCGUUAUUUAUGCUGGGCCAGACACCAAACUAAUGCAGAACAGUGGAAAAACAACUUUUAAACGGACGAGCAUCGAUCGGCUCAUGAAUGUCCUUGUGUUGGUGAUCUUUGCAUUUUUAGCACUGAUGUGCCUUAUCCUAGCCAUUGGCAAUGGCAUCUGGGAGUAUGAUAAGGGCUACUACUUCCAGGUCUAUCUGCCCUGGGCAGAAGGCGUCAACUCUGCCUCCUACUCCGGCUUCCUCAUGUUCUGGUCAUAUGUGAUCAUUCUAAACACAGUGGUGCCAAUUUCGCUCUAUGUCAGUGUAGAGAUUAUACGCUUGGGUAACAGUUUCUACAUUGACUGGGACCGUAAAAUGUAUUAUCCGCUGAAUGACACGCCGGCUCAGGCCCGUACCACUACACUCAAUGAAGAGCUGGGGCAGAUCAAGUACGUCUUCUCAGACAAAACAGGAACUCUCACUCAGAACAUCAUGUGUUUCAACAAGUGCUCCAUCAAUGGCAAAUCCUACGGUGAUGUGUACGAUAUGUCUGGGCAAAGGAUAGAAAUAAAUGAGAACACAGAGAAGGUUGAUUUCUCAUACAACCAGUUAGCUGACCCGAAGUUUGCCUUCUAUGACCAUAGCCUGGUUGAAGCUGUGAAGCUAAGUGAUGUCCCGACGCACAGGUUCUUCCGGCUGCUCUCACUUUGUCACACAGUGAUGCCAGAAGAGAAGAAGGAAGGUGACUUGGUGUAUCAGGCCCAAUCUCCUGAUGAGGGAGCCCUCGUCACUGCUGCCAGAAACUUUGGAUUUGUGUUCCGGGCUCGCACACCGGAGACCAUCACUGUCAUGGAAAUGGGAGAAAUAAAAAUCUACAAACUCCUAGCUAUUCUUGAUUUCAACAAUGUUCGCAAGCGAAUGUCUGUUAUUGUGCGGAGUCCAGAAGGUGAUUUGACUUUGUACUGCAAGGGGGCUGACACCAUUCUUUAUGAACUGCUUCAUUCAUCCUGCGACUCUCUCAAAGAGGAGACGACAGAACACCUGAAUGAGUUUGCUGGUGAAGGUCUGAGGACACUUGUGGUGGCCUAUAAAAACCUGGAUGAAGACUACUUUCAGGACUGGAUCGGGCGUCACCAUGAAGCAAGCACUGCCUUGGAAGGACGGGAAGAUAAAUUGUCGGAGUUAUAUGAAGAGAUUGAAAAAGACCUAAUGCUGCUAGGUGCCACAGCAAUUGAGGACAAGUUACAAGACGGGGUCCCACAGACAAUUGAGACUCUUGCCAAAGCCAACAUUAAGAUAUGGGUUCUCACUGGAGACAAGCAAGAGACGGCAAUGAAUAUUGGUUACUCCUGCAACUUGCUGAAUGAUGACAUGGAAGAUGUUUUCGUUAUCGAAGGCAGCACAUCUGAUGAUGUACUUAAUGAGCUGAGGAAUGCAAGGAAAAAGAUGAAGCCAGACUCCUUUCUGGACAGUGAUGAAAUCAACAUUCAAUUUAAAAAAUCAUCAAAAAACCCAAAAGUUAUACCUGAUGAGCAAGCAAAUGGGGUGUACGGUCUGGUUAUCACUGGCCACAGCCUGGCUUACGCACUGGAAGGGAAUCUGGAGCUGGAGCUGGUGAGAACCGCCUGCAUGUGCAAAGUGGUGAUCUGCUGCCGGGUGACUCCGCUGCAGAAGGCCCAGGUGGUGGAGCUGGUGAAGAAAUACAAGAAGGCUGUGACCCUGGCAAUCGGAGACGGCGCCAACGAUGUCAGCAUGAUCAAAACUGCCCACAUCGGGGUUGGUAUCAGCGGCCAGGAGGGGAUGCAGGCGGUCUUGUCCAGUGACUUCUCCUUUGCACAGUUCCGUUACCUGCAGCGCCUGCUCUUGGUCCACGGCCGGUGGUCCUACAUCCGCAUGUGCAAGUUCCUCAAAUACUUCUUCUAUAAGAAUUUUGCCUUCACAUUAGUGCAUUUCUGGUAUGGCUUCUUCUCUGGCUUCUCAGCACAG